UUUUUCUUUCUCGCUUUUGCUUUUCUUUCUGGAUAUGGAAUUCUCGCCGGAGGAUUCAAGCAUGUCUUCAACGUCGUCGUAUUGGUGUUACAACUGUACCCGUCUAGUUCGUGUGUUGGAUUUAGAUGGUACAAACGACGCGGUUGUAUGUCCGUACUGUGAUGGUGGUUUCAUCGAGGAGAUCAAUUCGUCGGAUAAUCACAACAGUCGAUUUCCUGCCUUGUAUAUGAUCGCCAACAACGAUAACAUCCGUCAAAAUUCGAAUCGGAUGCGAAAUCUCGUCUUUCGUAGGAAUCGUCGAGGCUCCGUUGACCGGUCAAAUAUCAAUCCGAUCAUUGUCCUACGUGGUUCAACCGAUGAUGAGAACAGCACCGCAGAUGGAAACAACGGCAGCGGCUUUGGAUUCUUCUAUGACGAUGGAUCUGGUUCCGGUUUAAGACCGAUACCGACUUCGAUGUCCGAAACUUUAAUGGGUAUGGGUUUCGAUCGGUUAUUGGAACAGCUUUCGCAGAUCGAGAUAAUCGGACUGGGUCAACCCGAAAACCCGCCAGCUUCGAAGUCAGCAAUCGAAUCAAUGCCGAUCGUUGAAAUAGAGAAGACCCACGUUUGCUCAGAAACUCAGUGUGCCGUUUGUAAAGAACCUUUCGAGCUCGGUACGGAAGCUAGGGAGAUGCCGUGUAAGCAUAUUUACCACGAGGAUUGUAUUAUCCCAUGGCUGUCUCUUCGAAACUCGUGCCCGCUUUGCCGGCACGAAUUGCCGUCGGAUCGGAGCGAGCCAAACGACGACGUUUCGGAGACGGUUGGGCUGAGUAUAUGGAGGCUUCCCGGUGGGGUUUUCGCGGUGGGAAGAUUUAGGGGAGAAAGGGAAGUGCCAGUUGUUUACACGGAGAUGGAUGGGGGGUUUGGAGAAUCGGGUUCGGAGCAUGGAGCACCGAGGAGGGUGACUUGGGUCGGGGUUAGAAGAAGAGAGAACGGGUUUAGGAGAGUUGUUAGAAAUGUGACAUCGUUUUUGAGGAGAGGUUUGAGGUCUCCGAGUCAGACUCAGUCUCAUAGUGGAAGGGAAGAAUCCGGUGGGUUGACCAGGAAUGGUUCAACAUCAAUGUUCCGUAGGUUUACGAGAAGCAUAAGUUCAAGCUCCAAUUCUGUUGUGCUGGAAUAAUUAUUUUUUUAUUUAUUUAUAAAAGCAAGUAAUUUUUGUUUUCUUCAAAUUCAUUAUGGGUUUUGAAUUUAUGAAAAAGGAUUGUAAAUACCAUUUAAUUGUCGAAUUUGUGAUAUAGUGAAUUAGCAAUUUUCAUGUUAAUUUCUUCUGGAUUGUUUC